UGUAAGUAUUCUUGAGAUUGCCGGUAGAGCAAUUUAUCUGUAUAUUCAAUUUUACAUGGUGAUAGUAAAAAAUAAGAAACAACAGCUGUUAUAACCUGUCAAGAAAAAGACGUAAAUAAAUUUUAUCAAAAUUGUAUAAAGUUUCAUAUCAUGGAGGAACAAGAUAUUCCUAUUGAUAUUAAUAGUGGAAAAUUAUUAGAAUGGUUAAUUAAUAGAAGACAUUGCACUAAAGAUUGGCAUGUAAUGGUUUUACCAAUUAGAGAAAAAAUUAAUAAUGCAAUACAAGAUAUGCCUAUUCAUGAAGGCAUUGCAAAAUUAUUAUCUGGUUCAUAUAUCAAUUAUUUUCAUUGCUUGAAAAUAAUAGAAAUUUUAAAAGAAACUGAAGCUGAUACAAAAAAUGUAUUUGGCAGGUAUGGUUCACAAAGAAUGAAAGAUUGGCAAGAAAUAUUACGUUUAUAUGAAAAAGAUAAUAUAUAUCUUGCAGAAGUUGCACAAAUACUUAUAAGAAAUGUUAAUUAUGAAAUUCCAAGUACUAAAAAACAAAUUCAAAAACUAGAACAAAUACAAGUUGAAUUAGAAAAAAAAGAAGCUGACUAUAAAAAAUCAGAAAAUAUUGCUAGAUCAGAAUUUAAUUUACUUUGUAAGCAAUUAGGUAUUCCUGGAGAACAAAUAAAACAGGAAUUAACUGAGAAAGUAAAAGAACUUCCAGAAAUUUAUGAAAAAAUUGCCAAAAAAAUAAAAUCAUUAGAGAAAGUUGUAGAAUUUUAUUGUGCUUUUGUUAAUUAUACUCUUGGUAGACAGCAUGAUGGUGGUUGUGUUCCUAUGGUAAAAUAUAUAAUUGAUAAAGGAAAUACUACAACAUAUGAAUGGAUUUAUGGAGAAGCUCCACUAUCAGUUAGUGAACCAUCUUUAAAUAUAAGUUUAAAUAAUGAUGAUUUAGAGAAUAAGAAAAUUGAAGAUAUUGAUAACAUUGGAAUUGAUUUUGGAAAAAUUGAUAUAAACAGUGGCAUAAAUUUUGAAGAUAUAAUGUUAGAAGGAGGUGAAAUUGAUUGGGGUGAUGAAAAUAUAGAUGAGGUUAUAGAAGAUGAAAAUAUAGAUUAUAAUAUUUCUUUAGAAGAAUCUGGUAUAGUUGUAGAAGCAGCUGGUCAUGAAGGUGGAAUUGCUACUGGUAGUAAAGCAUAUACUGUUCUCGACAAUCCAUCAACUAGAAAUGAUUUUAUUAAUCAGUUAUUUGAGUUGGAAGCAUUUCUUAAAGUACGUUUAUAUGAGUUUAAAGGGGAUGAUAGUGUAAAUUUUUUAAGCUUUAGUCAAUUACAAGAUUCAUCUUCUAUUGUUCAGUAUUCUACAUUGGAAAAUACUCAAAAUAUGUUAGAUAAUGUUCAAGUUGUUUUAUCUGAAAUUUUGGAUACUAAAGUUCAACACUUACACAAUAUUAAACAUUCUGUAAGAUAUGUAGACGUUUUAACUUCAUCAUUGAAACAAAAAUUAAGCUUAGUUGAAAAAAUGAUAAUUUUACAAAAAAAUGUAAAAGAAAAACGAGAAAAUUCUGGUGAAGAUAUUAAUUCUAUUCGACCUUAUCUUCAACUUCUUAUACAAAGAACAAAGGAACUUCAAACAGAGAUCGAACAAGAUAUUUCAAAAAAAUAUAAAAACAGAACUGUGCAUUUAACUGGAAGUAUAAAUAUGUUGUAAAUAAUUAAAAAACAAAAAUAAACGAAAUAUGUCUAUUGUAAAUAAGUUUUUAUUACAAAAUAAAAAAAAUGUAUAGUAUUAUUUAAUGAUAUGUAAAGAAAUUACUAUAUUUUCUAACAUCUUAUUGAAUGCUUAGUCCUUUGAAAACUAAUAAAAAUGAAAACUAAAAAACUAUUUCGAUAUAUAUUAUUUUGUUGAUUUUAUAAUUUCAUAAAAAUAUUUGUACGUUUUGUCAUAAUAAAUACAGUACUUACUGAAAUAUGUUUCUUAUCUUUGGUAUGAACACAAUAUUAGUAAUUAAGUACCGUUUCACAAUUUUAUGCCAAUAAUUACAUAAUCAUAAAAAGAUUUUGUACAAGUCUCCAAGGUGAAGAAGUGCAUACAGCUUUGGUUGUUGGACAGGGAUAACGUUUUAAACAUUCGGCGAAUGAACGAUCACAUUCACAUAAUCGUUGAGCACAUGAUCCAGAGCCUCCCCAGCUUCCAUGUUCAACAGCUUUAAUGCAAAGAAAAAUAUUUUUUAAAAUAAAUAUAAUUAUAAAUCGAUAAAAUAACGCAUUCAAUGAAGCUAACCGCAUACUGGUUUGUGACCACGAUAACAUCUCCAAUAAUAUGGUAUAAAGUAUCCUGAAAAUACUGGACAUUCUGUAGCGUCAUAACACCAAUCGUGCAUUUUACAACAUCUAAAAAAAAAUUAUUAAAAUGUUUAAAUUAU